AUGCUAGCCCUACCCCUACCCGAUUCACUCGCAAUACCCAAGCCGGAGAUAUACGAGGCGGUAAAGGCGGCGUCGAAGGCGGCGGCGGGUCUGGAGGAGCACCACCGAGAGGUUGUGGCGAAGGGGAUGGAGGCCACGCGGACCCUCCGCACGAUCGCCAGCGAGACCAAGAGGAGCCUCCUGCACAGCGUAGACGCGCGGACGGUGAGAGUGCUGGAGGACGCGAUGAGGCUGCUUAUCCUGUACGCGGAGAAGCAGAUGUCUCCAAGGUCUAGCAAGAGCGACUACUGUCCCUAGGAGAAGACCGCCGCGAUCGAGGCCACCAGGACCGUCAAUGUUUGGAUUAGUAUUGUUUGUUUGUUCUGUUGGUAGGUUGGUGGGCGAUUGUCGUUGUUGAUGGCUGGUGGUCGUUGUUUUCGUAACAUUUACAGCCGUCGUGUCAUCGUAAUCGCAUGCAAUCUUUGCACUAGCCGCCCUGCUUCAAGGGACAGAUGUUCGCCCGCGAUUUUUGAACGAAACCCGGCAGUGUCCCACGCACAUGCUGCAUCCACUGCUGUUAGGAUUCCUUUUGCGUCAUCCCACGCUAUGUGCUUGCUCGCUCUUGUUCCCUGUUUUCGUGGGGCCUCAGUGUUCUUUGGACGUUGCUUCUCUUGCCCCAACGAGGACACUAGCGCGAAGAUGUGCGAAACGAAAUUGUCAUGGUGUUUCUAUUUACUCCCUUAGUGAUGCCUACAUACGAUACGAUACGAUGUGGAGUGCGCUGUCCCGGGUGCGUUGUGCUACAAGGUACCGACAUUAGCUCGAGCCCAGUUUCUACCUUUUGCGACUGGAAAACGACCCCCCUCCAUUGUUUUCUGUCCUCUUCAUGCUGCUUUGUUUUGCCGCCUUAUCCCCAUGGCCAUCGUUACCGUUGACGUUGCCGUUGCCGUUAC